AAGGGUAAAGCAGGACGUUCCCGCCAAAGAACGCCAGCAGUUAUGCUUCUCGGGGGGAUUUCCUCGUAGAUUUCCCGCCAACUACGCACUAUUUUCUCUACUCUGCCAAUCAAUGGCAUCUCCUCCUUUUUCCUCUUUUACGCUAUAUUGUUUGCUAACAGUCGUACUCUCUUCUCUCGUCAUCUUUUGAGAAUCUCUGUCUCCAUCUCUCUGUACUGUCUAAUCUCUUUCUCUGUUGCAACCGGAGCACAGUGAAUUCAAAUGGCGUCGUCACGUCGUCAAAGCAAUGGUAGAUCGCCGCUGGUGAAUCAGCAGCGUCAGAUCACUGCCUUCUUCUCCAAAACCAUGUCUCCGUCUCCUUCUCCUUCUACUAUUCUUUCCAAACAGAAAAGCACCGAAUCUACAGAUAACACUAACCCUAGUCCGGGUCCACCUAGCCCGGGACCAAGCCCGACAACGCCAUCGCCGCUCCAAUCGAAGCCUAAGAAGCCUCUCCUAGUCAUUGGCCAAUCUUCCUCUCCUCAUCCUUCGACGCCAGUCGCCAGAUCAUGUGGGGAAGAAGUGUUAGACGAGAGGAUUAGGGUUUACUGGCCGUUGGAUAAGAAAUGGUACGAAGGUCGCGUGACAUCGUAUGACAAGACAUCCCGGAAACAUUCGGUUCUGUACGACGAUGGCGAAGAGGUUGUGGAAUUGGGAGAGGAGAAGAUUGAGUGGAUUCAAGGAGACAGUGAGAAGAAGUUCAAGCGGUUGCGGCGAGGUUCUUCCAUGUUUAAUAGGGUUGUGAUUGAGGAUGAGGAGAUGGAAGAUGUUCAAAAGGAAGAGGAUAAGAGUGAUGGCGAUGAUUCUAGCGACGAGGACUGGGGCAAAAAUAUGGAGAAGGAGGUCAGUGAGGAUGCUGAAGAAGAUGAUGUUGUUUUGGAGGAUGAGAAAGAUGAAGACAACGAGGAAGAAGAAGCAGAAGAAAUGCAGGAAAUUUUAAAAGGAAAGUCCAGUGGGAAGAUUAAAUCUAGGAAGAGGAAGACAAGUAGAGGAGGGAAGCCUGAGUCGGGAAAGAAGAGUAAGAGUAUUGGAGAUGUGGGUAAAGGAAACUUUAAGGUUUCCGUUAUUGAGCCUGUGAAGAUUACUGAAAGUGAGAAAACAUUCAAUAGUGAUAAUGUAUUAACAGGUGAGGCCACAGACAAAUUCAGCUGUCGUGAAGCAGAGAAGUUGCAGUUCCUGGGAGGAGAGCGCAGGGAUGCAAGAAGGAGGCGUCCUGGAGAGGAUAAUUAUGAUCCCAGGACUCUGUACCUGCCUCCUGAUUUUGUUAAGGGUUUAACGGGUGGCCAGAGGCAAUGGUGGGAGUUUAAGUCAAAGCAUAUGGAUAAGGUUAUUUUUUUCAAGUUCAUGGGAAAGUUUUAGGAGUUUCCUGAAAGGGAUGCACAUGUGGGGGCUACAUACCUGGAGCUGGGAACCAAGAAGGGAGAACAGCCUCACUGUGGGUUUCCUGAGAAAAACUUUUCAAUGAAUGUGGAGAAAUUGGCCAGAAAGGGUUAUCGAGUUCUUGUAGUUGAGCAGACAGAAACACCAGAGCAGCUGGAGCUGCGACGGAAGGAAAAAGGUUCUAAAGAUAAGGUUGUGAAGCGUGAAAUAUGUGCAGUGAUCACCAAAGGAACCGUAACAGAGGGCGAGAUGCUGUCAGCCAAUCCUGAGGCCUCUUUCAUAAUGGCAGUGGCUGAAAGUCCUUGGCAUUCUUCAAACCAAGCAUCAAAUCUAACAUUUGGUGUGUGUGUGGUUGAUGUGGCAAUCAGCAGGAUUAUUCUAGGACAGUUCAGGGACGAUCAGGAAUGCAGUGCCUUGUGUUGCCUGUUAUCUGAGUUAAGGCCAGUAGAAAUUAUUAAACCUGCCAAAAUGCUCGGUUCUGAAACUGAAAAGAUAAUGCUCAGACAUACAAGAAACCCAUUGGUCAAUGAGUUGAUUCCAACCACUGAAUUCUGGGAUGCAGAGAGAACUGUUCAGGAAGUCAAAACUCUAUAUAAGCGAGUUGCUGAUCAAUCACCUACUGAAUAUUUAAACAGUGCAAAUUCACCUACUGCAAAAUCUGUCAUCGAGGAAGAUGAAUGUGGCUGCAUGCCAGAGCUCUUGUUAGAGUUAGUGCGCAGAGGCAGGGAUGGCAGCUUAGCACUUUCUGCCCUUGGAGGCACUCUUUAUUAUUUAAGACAGGCAUUUCUAGAUGAAACAUUGCUUAGGUUUGCAAAAUUUGAGUUGCUCCCUUGCUCUGGUUUCAGUAAUGUAGUUCAGAAACCCUACAUGGUACUUGAUGCUGCUGCCCUGGAAAAUCUUGAGAUUUUUGAGAACAACAGAAAUGGAGAUUCCUCAGGGACACUAUAUGCACAAUUGAAUCACUGUGUGACAGCAUUUGGGAAGCGUUUACUGAAGACAUGGCUUGCAAGACCUUUAUAUCAUCCAGGAUCAAUCGAGGAACGACAGGAUGCUAUAGCUGGUUUACGGGGUGAGAAUCUGGAAUAUGUACUUGAGUUCCGAAAAGCACUAUCCAGGCUUCCAGACAUGGAACGGUUGCUUGUGCGUAUCUUUGCUAGCAGUGAAGCAAAUGGAAGAAAUGCAAAUAAAGUUGUUCUAUAUGAAGAUGCAGCCAAAAAACAACUUCAAGAAUUUAUUUCAGCUCUACGGGGUUGUGAAUUGAUUGCUCAAGAAUGCUCCUCACUUAGUGUUAUUUUGGAAAAUGUCAAAUCUAGACAGCUACAUCAUUUGUUAACUCCUGGUGAAGGUCUUCCUGAUACCCAGUCAAUUCUUAAACAAUUCAAAGAUGCUUUUGACUGGGCAGAAGCCAAUAACUCUGGACGUGUGAUACCUCAUGAAGGAGUUGACGGGGAGUAUGAUUUUGCCUGCAAAACAGUUGAGGAGGUCAAAUCUACUUUAGCAAAACACCUCAAGGAGCAGAGGAAAUUACUUGGAGAUACAUCAAUUAAUUAUGUCACUGUUGGGAAAGAAACAUAUCUGCUAGAAGUACCAGAAAGCCUGCAAGGAAGCGUUCCUCGGGAUUAUGAGUUGCGUUCAUCCAAAAAAGGUUUCUUUCGGUACUGGACUCCUACUAUCAAGAAGUUACUGAGAGAGCUCUCAGAAGGUGAAUCUGAAAAGGAGUCAACUUUAAAGAGCAUUUUGCAGAGGCUAAUCAGACGUUUCUGUGAGCAUCAUAAUAAGUGGCGACUGCUGGUUUCUGCAACUGCAGAGCUGGAUGUAUUAAUCAGUCUGGCAAUUGCAAGGGAUUUUUAUGAAGGACCAACAUGCCGCCCAGCUAUAUUAGGCCAAUCAUCUUCAAACGCUGUGCCAUACUUUUCUGCUAAAAUUUUAGGACAUCCUGUUCUUAGGAGUGAUUCUUUAGGCAAGGGUGCAUUUGUCCCCAAUGAUAUGACUAUUGGUGGUUCUGGAAAUGCCAGUUUCAUCCUUCUCACUGGUCCUAAUAUGGGUGGAAAGUCAACUCUUCUUCGCCAAAUUUGCUUGGCUGUAAUUCUAGCUCAGGUUGGAGCAGACGUUCCUGCUGAAAGCCUUGAACUUUCACCUGUGGACCGAAUUUUUGUUCGCAUGGGUGCCAAAGAUCAUAUUAUGGGAGGGCAGAGUACAUUCUUAACCGAACUCUCUGAAACUGCUUUAAUGCUGUUGUCAGCAACUCGCAAUUCAUUGGUUGCACUGGAUGAGCUUGGGCGUGGGACAGCAACUUCAGAUGGACAAGCCAUUGCGGAAUCGGUUCUUGAGCAUUUUGUUAAUAAGGUCCAAUGCAGAGGAAUGUUUUCAACUCACUAUCACCGAUUAGCUGUAGACUAUGAGGGAGAUCCUAAGGUCUCCCUCUGUCACAUGGCAUGCCAAGUUGGAAAUGGUGUUGGAGGUAUUGAAGAAGUCACAUUUCUUUACAGGUUGACACCUGGUGCAUGCCCCAAAAGUUAUGGUGUCAAUGUUGCUAGAUUAGCUGGUCUUCCUGAUUCUGUGCUAUUGGCUGCUGCUGCCAAAUCUCAAGAAUUUGAGGCUGUAUAUGGUAAAUGUAAAAGAAGAUCACACAGGAGGGUAGUUUUCAUUCAGAAAUUAGUCAGUGCCAUAGAAAACUGGAAACAUCUCAAGCCUUCUGAAGGUCUUGGACUAGGUUCUAUGGUUGAACUUCAGUGUAGAGCAAGAAUACUUCUCCAGCAAAGCUGAUUGAAUCCCUCUCAACAGAUAAUUUGCUGUAUGCAGGUAUAUUUUUAAAACUCAUUGUGUACACAAAGGAAGCUUUCUUAGUUAUAGUUUUGCCACUGGCAUUGCCAAUUUUUCCACCUGAGGCAUUGCCUUGAAUUUUCUAAAUUGUCUAAAACCAGAGCGAUUUUUUUGCUGCAUUUAAUUGAGCACAUAAUGUAAAUGAUUAUUCCAAGUACCUUGGUCCAAUCCCUUUAGACCGAUUGGAUUAGUUUCUUCGACCUGGUCAUAGUAUGACCAAAAUCUCACUCUUUAUAAGUUGGACUGAACAACUUAUUUCUUGUAUGCAUGUAUAAAAAGUAGUCACAAUCAUGAGAAAAAGCAGCAGACGUUGUAUCUGUCUCAACUGGAUAGGAGGUAUUAUGACCA